AUUCACAAUCGAAAGUGAUCGCCAAUAAUACAUUAUUGACCGUUAAAUAUCGAUAUGUUUUAAGCUUUUUCAAAACCUAUCGAUAUUUAAUUUGAGCUUAUACGCAACCCUCUAAAAGCCUCGCAAUGUAAACAAAAAUUGUAAACAAAAGUUAAUUCCAGGUGUUUAAUGGAUCCAAUCCUAAUAAAACUUGCAAAAUUGCUUCCCCGCUUAGAGGAUGUCGAAGAACUGCUUGACAAUGAAGUAGAGGCCCGGUAUAUUCUUAAAAAAGCAAUAAGUUUCAUGGAAAAUUGUGAAUCUUCCAAAUGCGUCGACGAGGAAGAGAUCCGGUACCUGAUCUGUGCCCUGGUGGACAGGAACUGGGAGCGCAUACACACAGGACAUUUUAGCAGUGUCCCCUUGAAUAUAAGAAAAAUAUAUGCCAUUGGAUGUUAUUUUAAAAUAUUUUUCCUACUCCUUGAGAGCACAGAUCCUGGUCAACGAGAAAUAUGUAGUGGAAUCCUAGACGAGGCUCAGCUAUUGGGAUGCAUGGAGGAUUGGAGUGAACUGAAAAUAUCCUUAAUGCAGUACCUAGAUGACGAAAAGGUUGGCGCCUCGGUGCCAUUACCCAUCCUGAUGCCAUCAACUCGACUCCAAAGCACCUGUGAUAUUCCCCAAAUGGAGGCCCCCAGCUUAAAUGAGUUUAAAACUCAAUGCUUUACACCACGGCAACCCACUCUCUUGCUCAAUACCAUCAAGCAUUGGCCUGCUAUGGAAAAGUGGUUGGAUCUCAAUUACCUCCUCCAAAUAGCUGGCAACCGCACUGUUCCCAUUGAGAUCGGGUCCAACUAUGCCAGCGAUGAGUGGUCCCAACAGCUGGUUAAAAUCCGAGACUUCCUGCAAAGGCAAUUUGGAAGUGAAGAAGGAAGCCAGGAGAUUGAGUACCUCGCCCAGCACGAGCUCUUUUCACAGAUACCAGCGCUUAAAAAGGAUAUAUCCAUUCCGGAUUACUGUACUAUAAGUGGCGAUGAUCCUCCUGGAGCCGUGGAUAUAAAAGCCUGGCUGGGUCCAGCGGGAACCAUCUCCCCAAUGCACUACGAUCCAAAGCACAACUUGCUGUGCCAGGUGUUUGGCUCCAAGAAGAUUAUACUUGCAGCUCCCGAAGAUACUGAUAAAUUGUAUCCCCACGAUAGCGAAUUCCUGGGAAACACAUCCCAAAUAGAUGCUGCAAGUCUCGACUUUGAAAAGUAUCCAUUGGUAAAGGAGGUAAAGUUCUAUGAUCUGCUCCUACAACCUGGCGACUGCCUGUAUAUGCCGCCAAAGUGGUGGCAUUAUGUGAGAUCUGAAGCGCCUAGCUUCUCUGUUAGCUUUUGGUGGGAAUAGGGGAUCUAUUGCUUAUCACCCAAGUACUCUUCUAGACGUACUUCACAAGAAAGUGUUUGCCCAAAGUUCAAAAUUUGAACUGAAUAUUAAAAGCCAAAGGCAAUUAGAUAAGAUUUUUAUCUUGAUAAACAAUGUUAAGUAAAUACUAUUAUGCCAUAGAUAAAAUGCAUAUUUUGUUGAGCCUUAUAAAUAAUUGAGUAUGGUAUUUAUAGGUGUUUCUUAUAGCAUUCCAUACAUACACUUCCCCCCACGGAAACCAAAGACU